AUGAGGUCCGAGUCGCCCCAGCCCGGUGCUGGAAGGCGAUCGGCUAGUGUUGAUAGCGCUACGGCUAGUCCCCAUGAUCAGACCAGUAUAAUGUACGAAAGGAAUAACGAACCUGUUGAAAACCCGUUUGCGACCACAAGUGAAUCCUCAGCUGAAUCUGAGGAUAGAAUCCACUGGAAAACCAUUAAGAAACGAUCCAGUAAGUCUCGAAAGACUACUAAGGCAAAACAUAAGAAGGUUAGCCAACCAGAGCCGGACUUAGUGAGAGAAGCAGAAAAGCAACUCACUAUAGAAGAAAGGCAGUGUAUCUACAGUAGAAAACGCGCCAAAGUUGGAGCUCGCGUCGACAAGCAAACAUCAUCGUCACAUGACGAAGGACCCUCUAAGGGGAAAGGUACUGACCCCAGAAACUGGGGGGAUGUUGACCUGGAGGAAUCAGAAUUGGGCCCAGAAGCCCAAAGAGACGUGUUGGCGACCUGGGCUAGAUCCCGAGCCUGGGCAAACGAGCAGACCGGUCAACAGACUGAGUCGGACUCUGAGCUGCACGGCCCAACAGUCAUGGUGCCCACCGAGCGACAAAUGAUACUGUACUACGAGCAAAAAAUUCACUUGUUAGAAGAACGACUUAAGAAAGCAGAGAGACCUACCAGACCCUCCAAAAACAACCCUAAGGUCAGGAUCGCCCAAAGGCCCACUGACCAUCAUCCCGUCAGGGAGAUGGUCAAGAAGGCUGCUGGCCGGCCCUCUAAUGAACCCGGGAGGAGGGAAACCCCUCCCGCAAUGGACGCUGCAGCCCAGAUCGCACCUAAAAGCUAUCUAGGGCGAGCUUUUGAGAAAAUGAAUGAAAGAGGGAAGGGAAUCAAACCUGGUCACCCUGAGGACGACUCAUCUGGGACGUCGUCUGAGUUGUCAACUGAAUCCUCCAGUGAAAAUGAGGACAGCUCGUUGAGCUCGUCCAACGAUGCUGCAGGAAAAUCAAGGAAAGCGUCUAAAAAACGCCGUAAGAAUAAAAAACAUAAAUCCAAGAAGAAAUCUACCUUGAAACUGAUACCUCCAAGAGAGUACGAUGGAUCGGUUGACCUUCGGGCGUUCCACCGGUUCGUAACGGAAGGAACCACCUACGUGGAGGAUGGCAGUGUGCCCCGCAAACGACAAGUGUUCGUGUUGUCACAUUACCUUAAAGGCAAGGCCCACGAUUUCUAUCUAAGACAAGUGUCAGACCAACUGGGUAAAUGGAGAAUAAGAGAAUUCUUCACCGAAAUGUUCAACUAUUGCUUCCCAUUGGACUUCCAGAUGAAACAACGCAAGAAGUUGUACCGCUGCUACCAGGGUGAUAAGGAGAAGGUCGUUAAGUUCUGGUUUGGCCUGAACGACUCAAUUCAGAAUGAGCUAUACAAAAUGCAUCUCAAUCCUGAGGUAUCUACCUUACAGGAAGUUCAGCACAUGGCCAAAAUUAUUGAGCUGGCCGAGUCGGCAACGACAAUUGGCAGAAGCCGCGACGAGGGUCCCAAACCCACUAAGAAGGGAGCUAAAGACUCCAAGGGUCAUCUAUCGCACCAGACUGGGGAGGAUGAGACCCACCAAGGCUCAUCUAAGGAUGGUCAGAGAUCUAAAGACAAAUCAUCCUCAGGAUCUACACGUCGGGAUCGAGGACAAAAGCCUGUGCAGGGCAAACGGCCUGAACACCCCAAGGAGGACAAAAUGAGCCGUGAGGAACACAACAAAUUAAUGUCGGAAGGAAGAUGUUUUGUCUGUAAAGAAACGGGACACAUGUCAAGACAGUGUCCAAAGAGAACGAACGUACCCUCUGGUCGACGAGAUAAGCCUCCGGGCGUGCCUAAUUAUGCAGUGCACAUCGACACCCAGAACGACCCAAGGAAGCUUGAAGACUGCACUGAGCUGAUCUCUGAGAUCCCAUUGUGCGGGAUUAGUCUGGGGGUGUCAGACGCUAACCAUGUGAUCAUGGAUCGAGGAUCUCACCUGGAAGACGACAUUGAGAUACCCUCGACACUGUUAGCGAACCCUGCGUUCUUUGUCAGUGAUUGGUAUGCGAGACGACUAUCAAUAGGACUAAACAUACCUAAGUCCUUGUGGCGCUGCAUGCAGCAGCGAAGGCAAAUGGGUAACGCAAUAAGGAACUGCGUACUGUCGCUGCUAAACGCCGAACCAAGGUUCCCCGGUGAACCUGGCAAGGACCGGUUUCGUGUCCAGCGCGUACAACAGGAGGAGGGAGUGGUAUACGAGAUAUUCGACCGCAAACUGAAAUUCUGUGUGAAUGCUAGUGAAUCGUUCCUGCGGAAUGAAAAACUUAAUAUGACUCACUGGUAUGCGAGGAGCCUCCUAAAAGGUUACCGAAGACUCAAUGCCCUGAUGCUAAGCAAGGAGUUAGAGUGGGAGGACUACCACUUGAGGUUGCUGGAUACCGGCGAACUCAGUUCUAUGGAUCGCGCUCUGGAAAGUGUGAUCCACCAGCUCUUCGUGAUCCCGGACAUGCGUUUCAAAGAAACGCCUCGGCACUACCACCUGGUAGAGUUAAAUGGACAACAGGUGGCCGCUGGUAGGUACCCGGCCAUUCAGCGAAACUCGGCAGUCACCCGCGACUUCCGGAGGCUGAUACCCAAGCCGGUCGUCGUGGUGGCGCACAUCAAUGGCUGCCUGGUGAAGGCCCUGAUAGACACCGGCUCUCUGGCCGACUUCAUGUCCACUACAUUAGCGGAUCAGCUUUGCAUAAAACAUAUCCCAUUGGACAAGCCACUCACUAUUCAAUUGGCUGUCCAGGGCUCCCGGUCGAAGGUUAACUUUGGCGCGACGGCACAAUUCGCCUACCAACAUGUCAAGGAGGAGAGGUCUUCCCCAACGGUCCCAUUCUGGUUCGGCCUUGCCGAACCAUUCCGAACCGUUAUCGACUUCGACUGUGACAACUUCGGUCUCCACGUCAAACUGUUGUCUUCGGGAUUCGCACUACUGGUUAAUCAGGCUACCUUUAGCCUUUUUGAAGAAUCAUGUGUUGUCAAGGCGCGCAUCAUACUCAUGGAAGCAUCGGCACCGGAACAAACGACCGCACAACCCAUCACACGCCAUGCCACCGUGCCUAUGUUGAUUUAUGUGCCGAGAAAUGGAGCCUGCCGGAAUGUCUCGGCACCAUACGUCCAGCUGAGCACGCGCGCUAUUCGCUUCUGUAUCUAUUUUCCUUUCCUACACGACGACGAGUUCGUCGUACAGCAUACUUCCUCACUACUUUUCUAA